AUGUCAAUUCUACGAGUAACAAGCCGACCACUAGCUAGAUUCGCUGCACCAUGCGCCGUAUCUAGUGGUCGCAUGUACAGUUCCAAGGCUGAUGACCCUGUAGUUGUUGAGCACGAUGAGGUCGAUGGCAAAAAGACUGGGGUAAUCAUUGUCAAGUUCAAUCGCCCAAAGAUACUGAAUGCUCUAACUGAAACUUCUGGAAAUUUCUUCCGUGACCUUAUGUUGGAAUUGGCAACCGACAACUCUAUUCGAUGUAUGGUGCUGACUGGCUCUGGUCGCGCAUUCAGUGCUGGGGGGGAUUUAGCAUUCUUACGUGCAAGAACACGCACUGCCCCACAAGCUAAUGCUGAAAUCAUGAGGAAGUUCUAUUCCAGAUACCUCACUGUGCGUGAAGUUCCAUUCCCUACUAUUGCAGCUAUAAACGGACCAGCCGUUGGAGCCGGCUUCUGUCUAGCUCUAGCUUGUGACAUUCGAAUGGCAACAAACGAGGCUAAAAUGGGCCUCAACUUUGUCCGUCUCGGCCUCACCCCAGGAAUGGCAGGCACACACACUCUCCCAAUAGUAACCAACCCACAAGUCGCUGCCCGAAUGGUCCUAACUGGUGACUUGGUCACUGGAGCAGAAGCCGAAAAAUUAGGAAUGAUACUCAAAGCUGUACCAUCAGAUACUUUACUACCUGAAGCGUUAGCUAUGGCUCGAAGAAUCGCUACUGCUAGUCCAGUAGCUGUACGCGCAACCACAAAAACCCUUCGCCUGAGAAUUGAUGAUGGAAUAGAAAGGGCGCUAUGGCGUGAAGCUGAUACUCAGGCUCACGCUUAUGCUACUGGUGAUAUGCAUGAAGGACUCGAUGCUGUGGAAGCCAAGAGGGAUCCUGUAUUCCCAGACUUUAGUGAAACUAUGCGCAAAUAG